AUGGGCGUGUUUACAGUCCUCUCAGCACUAAUUGGCCUCGUGGCCGCCCAGGAAACUGGUAAUCAUCCCGAGUGGCCACGAUGGUGUGGCAAAGCCUAUCAACCUCAGUACGGUUUGCACCCUCCCGCGAAUUGGAGUUCAAUUGGGCUAACUGCGUUCCGAAGAUAUCCAAGCUUUGAGCCUGGUGGUGAGACUGUCGAGCCAGCGGCUCUUCCCAAUGGUCCAGCUCUCGAUAUACAGUUCAAGCCGAGAUACAGCAUUUACCUCGAAAGCGAAAAACAGGCUGAAUUUGUAGUAAAUGCUGGCAUUUCGAAAUGGCAUGGCCAAACUUGGCCUAAUCUGAGCACACCUGAUACGGCGCCGCAGGUUGUGUUUACGAUUAAUCUCGUUUCCAACAAUGACGUUCUCAUUUCCAAUCGAGUCAAUGUCAGCACGACUGGCAACGUAUAUGCCUUCAACCUAACCAGUCUCAAGCCUCGCUUUGAUCCUUAUAAAGUGGUGCUGUUUGGUGCCACCGAAAACGGCGCUUCCAACGUUUCUGCGACGAGUGAACUAAUGUUCCUCCCGGAAAAGAAGACGGGCAGCGUAGCCAAGUUGGAUAAUUUGAAUGGAGGCUUCUUGUUCCGCAGUCCAGCCACAAAGAACAAGUUUGAGCCUUUCCUGCCGUAUGGUUACUACGCCUCGUGCGACAACUUCCUUUGUGACAAGGAUUAUGUGAAAAAAGUCAAGGCGUACAAAGACCUGGGACUGAACAGUAUGGUGUCUCUAACGACGGUGCAAAAGUCGCGCGCAACUUAUGAGUACAUGGAUACGUUGGACCUGCGGUACAUGUACGAUUUGAGGGGCUCAUAUAAGAAUUUGACGGCGGUGAAGGAGCAGGUGUCUGUCAUUCGGGACUUUGAGGGCAUAUAUUCGUACUGGGGAGCAGAUGAACCCGACGGUCACCAGGACCCCUUCGACCUCCUCCCCAAAGCUAGAGAUCUUAUCCGCCAACUCGACCCGUACCACCCGGUAUCCGUUACUCUUAACUGCCAAAACUUCUACUUCAAAGAGUACACCGCUGGUGCCGACUUUGUCAUGGAAGACGUCUACCCCAUUGGGAUCAAUAGCACUUUCAACAAAUGGGGCACCCCUUGCAACAGGACCUACGGCGACUGCGGAUGCGACAACUGCCAAGGCAACGUGCAGGACGUAUCGAAUCGUCUGGACAACUUGAUACAGUAUGAGCGCUGGCUGGGCCUCUGGCCCAAGACAAAAGCGCAUAACCCCCAAACGUUCCACGGCGAAAACUACUGGUUCAGAGAUCCGACGAACGAGGAGGAAGUCGCCAUGAAUGCAUUGGGAUUCAAUCACGACGCCAAGGUGAUUGCUUCGUGGGUAUGGCCAUUUAGCGAAGCUCUGGGCGUGAUUAUGGGCAAAUUCGGGUCAACGGUUGCAAACCAGCCUGUGCGAGACUUCAUCGUCACGGGCAAGGCACAGCGCGUAAAGGUGAAGAGUCAUGAAGUUGUCGAUGCGGCAUACUGGGUUGGCGAGAGCCAAGUAUUGGUGUCGGUGGUGAAUGGCGGCUAUGAAGCUAUUCAGGGAGAGAUUUCGAUUCCGCUGCCAAAGUCUAUUACACUUAAGAGUAAGGAUGCCGUUGUUUGGGGGAAUGGAACGUGGACGUUGGGAGAGGGUGAGAUUCGUUUAUCAAAGCAGAGUGGGAUGGCGACAAACAUGGUAAUUCUGGGUGUUGGCAAGGGCAAGUGCAAGAAGUAA